AACUUUAAUUUUUCCUCCAUCAUUAUCAACUGAAGAAAUUGUCCUUCGUUUCAAUUCCAAGAGUCCUUUUCGAAGUCACAAAAAAUGUCACGGAUUUAUGUUGUUGAAAAUUUCGGUCGUUAAAGAAUGCCAAAGAUUAGGAGAAAAUAAUAAAACGAUAAUCAAAUGUGCAGCGGAUUACUUGUGGAGAAAUUCUACAAGUCAAGAAAAAUCGGAAUAUAUUGAUUUAGCACAAAGAGUUAACACUUUAAUAUUAAAAUAA